AGCAAACCCGAAUAGCAAGAGGAGUUGCGAAGAGGGAUGGGAUUCGCUGGGGUAGAUGUGGGUUGUUUUUUUUUUUUUUUUUUGGUGGUGAUGGAAGCGAUUCUCGAGAAAAGAAUAACAAAUUGUGGGAUCUCAGCCGCAGGUAGGAGGAGAGGGGCUUUGCCCACGCAGGUGGAGCACAGACGAGACCGCACCGAGGAGCGGGAGGCCGGAGCCAACCGGGAGGGUCGGAGAGCGCCGGGGGCUCAUCCCGGCAGCCGCGGCCGGGGGGUGACGCUCCCCUCGGGGCGGAGGGGGCGCGGGGAGCCGGGACCGAGCUGGGGGGAGCGCUGGGGCUCCCGGGGGCAGCUCCCGGUGCGGGGCACGGCGGGGCCAGGGCUCGGCUCGGGGGCAGCUCCUGCAGGCUGCGGGUGGCGCGGCACCAGCCUCUCCUCCUCCUCCUCCGCCUCCUCCUCCUCCUCCUGCGCCAGCAAUCCAGCGAGCCACGGCGGCGAUACCGACCGGGUAAGAGCAUACCUGGUCCCCACCCUCGGCCAGCCCUUUGUUUCUCAUCUUUUUAUUUCAUAUUUUGCGCAGCCCUGCUCCCCGGACCCCGGCGCGGAAGGGCUGCGGAGAUCCCUGAGAGGGGAAGCGGAUUUUGGGAGCGAACCCGAGGCCAGGAGCGGUUGCGGGGAGAGGGGAUGGGCGGAAAUUUCCCUCCUCAUCACCCGAGUCCCUCUCCUGCCCCGGGUAAGCGGAGCAUCGCCCCUCCGUUUCCCCCGCUUCUCGAUGCUUCCAGGCUCUCGGCAUGGAAAUAAUGACCUGGCUCGGUGCAAAAAUCACCCUUUCCUCGCAUAGCGGAAUGCGUGCGGAAUUUGAAGGUUUCUUCUUCUCUCUAGUGGUGUCCUAGGCUGAACUUGCUUUGCAGCUCCUUCACACCAAAGGGAGCUUAAAUCAGCCAAGGAGGAUUUUGAGUCUGACCUACCUCAGCCUCCCAAUGAAAGAGAUUGACUUCAUUAGUCCCUGGCUCAGACACUUCAUGAUAAGGUGGAGUUUCUAUUCCAUGGCAUCCAGAGAUGCAGUGGACAUAGUCUGGUCUUUAUUUCACUAUGUUGCUCUCUUUCCCUCCCUGCUACCUCCUUUCACCUACAGAGCAGGACAACUUGGUUUCCUCAGGUUGUAUCAACUCUUCUGGUUCUUUUCCACUUUAGAAUAAGAAUAUUCUGAUAUUAUUCACUUCAUAGAAUCAUAGAAUUAUGGAAUCGUUCAUUUGGGAAGGGACCUUAAAGAUGAUCUAAUUCCAGUCCCUUUCCCCAUUCCACUAGAACAGGCUGCUCACAAAAGAUUAUGUCCAUUACCAAAAGGUUAAAAAAGUUACUUUGGAAUUACGACACAGGUCUUUCCCUCUGGUCAACUCCAAGACCUAAUUGCCACCAUAGUUUGACUUGAGCCCCUAAAAUCAUUCUGAAGCAGAGUUAAAGGGUUGUAGAGGAUUAUGGUGCCUUUUGUUCAGUGGUGUUAAUAAUCUAUGGCCCUAAAAUAUGAUAUUAUAAAAUCUCAUUUUAGGGCAGAGUACUGAAGUCACAAACAAUGGAACAAACUGUACUUAAACGAGGCAGAAACUUACAUCACCCCAAAAAUGCUAAAUCCAGACUGGGACCCUGUCUGCAGCAGAAUCAUGUGAGGGAGGAGUGGCACAUCAAAUUCUCUCUUCCCAAAAGCCUUGUGGCCCUGAAUUAGGGGUCAUUAGAGUCCUUUGUCCUGUAAAUCUGCAUUGAACAGCAGUGUAUACCUGUGUAAACACAUUUUAACAGCUUAUCCCGUAGCAUUUUUUUUUUUCUACUUAGUAUGAUCAACUUUUUGGUCCUCUUUCUUCCAGGACCUGCUAAGUGCUUCUCUUUAACUACUGAAGAAUGUAAUUUAUUAAGGCAGUUCAGUAGCUAGCCUUAGUUUACAACAGGCAAACCUAUUAUGCAAACAAUACUGUCACCUUCUUGCAGUGACUUCCUUCUCCCAGCUUUAAUGAAUUCCCUGCAUGCUACUCUGCUGUAAAUUCUCCAUCUCAAAAUUCCAUCCGCUAUGUGAUGUGUCAGGGGAAACCACACUUGACUUUUGAAACAGUUGGGAGGAGCAGAAUGAUAACCUACUAAAGUGCCUUGCCCUUAACAGAAAUUAUGGCAAGCAAUUAAAGUUGGAGCAAAAAGACUUAAGCUUUGGACUGCUUAUGUUCUUAGUGCUUUAACUUGGGUGAAAUUUUUUUUAGAAGUCUCAUUUGAAUGUCAAAUUUGCAUAUUUAUCCAGAAAACAUAGGGAGUGCUUAAUUGCCUGUGUCCAGCAUUCAUAUUUUGCUUGGGAAGCAAUGCUUCACAUAUUCAUGAGGUUCAUUUCUAGCUACUGUUUGCACCCAUAAAUUGCCCUGCGUAUCUAAACAAGCCCAGUAGUUGCUCAUUACAGAAACAAAUGUGCCAUAUUUAGCACAGAUCAGAGACACCUGGUCACAGAGGAGAUGUUUCUGCUCCACUGGUGCAGUGGGCCUGGCUGGGCUGGGGUUCAUGCUCCCAGAGCAGCCCUCAGUGCUGUGCUUGGCCCUGGGAGCUGGAGAGGAGCAGAUAACACACCAGCUUUGGCUGCUGCUGGGCAGGGCUGGCACAGCUCCACUCUGUCUCUCAACAUUCUCUGCCAGGGAAUGCCAGGCCAGCUGCCCCAGACUGACCAAAUGGACAUUCCAGAGCAUAUGACAUCAGCUCAGAGACAAAAGCUAAGUGGGGAUGGAGGACUGGGGAGGAGGAUGUGUCAUUUACAACAUUUACCUUCCAGAGCAGCAGCUCUGUUAUAAAUAAGAAGCUUGACUAGGCCAAUAU